AUGGAGCUUAAGUUCACUAAGUGUACAAAGGAGCCUUCCGUAUACAGAAAAACGGUAGAUGAGCAUCUCCUCGUUGUUGCGGUCUAUGUAGACGACCUUUUUGUUACUGGAAGCAACAAAGGAGUUAUUAUAGAGUUCAAACAGAGAAUGGCGUCAAAAUUCGACAUGAGCGAUCUUGGCUUAUUGACUUACUAUCUAGGGAUAGAAGUGUGUCAACAUAUUGGCGGUAUAGUGCUGAAUCAAAGACGUUACGCUCUCAAGAUCUUAGAAGAUGCAGGAAUGGAUAAGUGCAACUUGGUUCAGACACCGAUGGAAGCUGGUUUGAAACUCUGCAAGGCGGAUGGAGAAAGAGAGAUUGACGCCUCAGAUUACAGAAGAAAGAUAGGCUGUCUACGUUACCUACUUCAUACGAGACCGGACAUGUCUUAUUGCGUUGGGGUGUUGAGCCGGUUCAUGCAUUGUCCGAAAGAGUCACAUGGCGUCGCGAUCAAACAAUGUUUGAGAUACUUACGGGGAACGACUUCUCUAGGCUUGACAUUUCAAUAUACACCAUCAGUUGUGCCGAGGCUGUUGGGGUUUAGUGAUAAUAGUUACAACACAGAUCAAGACGAUGGAAAAAGCACGACGGGUCAUAUAUUCUAUCUUGGAGAUAGUCCAAUCACGUGGUGCUCGCAGAAACAGGACACAGUAGCGCUAUCAUCAUGUGAGGCUGAGUUCAUGGCUGGAACCGAAGCAGAAAGAUAA